UUUUUUUUUUUUUUUUUUGGAAAAGAAAACAUGACGUCGCCAGCAAAAUUCAAAAAGGAUAAGGAGAUCAUAGCUGAAUAUGACACUCAAGUUAAAGAGAUCCGUGCCCAAUUGGUAGAGCAGCUGAAAUGCCUUGACCAGCAGUGUGAGCUUCGGGUCCAGUUACUGCAGGACUUGCAGGAUUUCUUCCGCAAGAAGGCAGAGAUUGAGAUGGAUUACUCAAGGAAUUUGGAGAAGUUGGCUGAGAGAUUCCUGGCUAAAACUAGGAGCACCAAAGACCAGCAAUUCAAGAAGGAUCAGAAUGUGCUGUCCCCUGUCAACUGCUGGAAUCUCCUUCUCAAUCAGGUGAAGAGGGAGAGCAGGGAUCACACCACCCUAAGUGACAUUUAUCUCAACAACAUCAUCCCACGUUUUGUCCAGGUCAGCGAGGACUCAGGACGCCUCUUCAAGAAGAGCAAGGAAGUGGGGUUGCAGCUCCAGGAAGACUUGAUGAAGGUCUUGAAUGAACUCUACACGGUGAUGAAAACCUACCACAUGUACAAUGCUGACAGCAUCAGUGCUCAGAGCAAACUGAAAGAGGCAGAGAAGCAGGAGGAGAAGCAGAUUGGGAAGUCAGUGAAGCAAGAGGACAAGCAGACUCCACGCUCCCCUGACUCCACUUCCAACGUCAAGUUUGAGGAGAAACACGUCCGAAGGAGCUCUGUCAAAAAAAUAGAGAAAAUGAAGGAGAAGAGGCAAGCAAAGUACACAGAAAAUAGACUGAAGGCUAUCAAGGCAAGAAAUGAGUAUCUGCUGGCUCUGGAAGCCACCAAUGCAUCUGUAUUCAAGUAUUACAUCCAUGACCUGUCUGAUCUCAUUGAUCAGUGCUGUGACCUGGGAUACCAUGCUAGCCUCAACAGAGCUCUCAGGACAUUCUUGUCUGCUGAGCUCAACCUGGAGCAGUCAAAGCACGAGGGUCUGGAUGCCAUUGAGAACGCUGUGGAGAACCUGGAUGCCACCAGCGACAAACAACGCCUGAUGGAGAUGUACAACAAUGUCUUCUGCCCCCCCAUGAAGUUUGAGUUCCAGCCACACAUGGGGGAUAUGGAGUCACAGCUGUGUGCCCAACAACCAGUCCAGAGUGAGCUGGUGCAGAGGUGCCAGCAGUUGCAGUCCAGGUUAUCCACACUCAAGAUUGAAAAUGAAGAGGUUAAGAAGACCAUGGAAGCUACACUCCAGACAAUCCAGGAUAUAGUCACCAUAGAGGACUUUGAUGUCUCUGACUGCUUUCAGUACAGCAACUCCAUGGAAUCUGUUAAAUCCACUGUCUCAGAAACAUUCAUGAGCAAACCCAGCAUUGCCAAGAGAAGAGCCAACCAGCAGGAGACAGAGCAGUUCUAUUUCACAAAAAUGAAGGAAUAUCUGGAAGGCAGGAACCUGAUAACAAAGCUCCAAGCCAAACACGACCUCCUGCAGAAGACCCUGGGAGAAAGUCAGAGGACUGACUGCUCCCUUGCCAGUGGCAGGCGCAGCUCCACCGUAAGGAAGCAGGAUUCCUCCCAAGCCAUUCCCCUGGUUGUGGAGAGCUGCAUCCGAUUCAUUAGCAGGCAUGGUUUGCAGCAUGAAGGGAUUUUCAGAGUGUCUGGGUCACAAGUUGAAGUAAAUGACAUAAAAAAUGCAUUUGAAAGAGGGGAAGAUCCAUUGGCUGGGGACCAGAACGACCACGACAUGGAUUCAAUAGCAGGAGUUCUGAAGCUCUAUUUUCGAGGGCUGGAGCAUCCUCUCUUCCCCAAGGAUAUUUUUCAUGAUCUAAUUGCCUGUGUCACAAUGGAUAAUUUGCAAGAGAGAGCAACACACAUCAGAAAGGUGCUGCUGAACCUGCCCAAGACCACUCUGAUUGUCAUGAGAUACCUCUUUGCAUUCCUCAAUCAUUUAUCUCAGUUCAGUGAAGAGAACAUGAUGGAUCCCUACAACUUGGCCAUCUGCUUUGGGCCAACCCUGAUGUCAGUGCCUGAAAGUCAUGAUCAAGUCUCUUGUCAAGCUCAUGUCAAUGAACUGAUCAAAACCAUCAUCAUCCAACAUGAGAACAUCUUCCCAGGACCAAGGGAGCUGGAGGGCCCAGUCUAUAGCAGAGGUGGAAACACUGAGGAUUACUGUGAAAGUCCUCACGGAGAGAGAGCAUCUACAGAGGACUCUGUUCAGGAUGUUACAGCUGAACACCACACCAGUGAUGAUGAGUGUGAGCCCAUCGAAGCCAUUGCAAAGUUUGAUUACCUUGGCAGGACUGCACGGGAGUUGUCCUUCAAAAAAGGAGCUUCUCUCUUGCUCUACCAGAGGGCCUCAGAUGACUGGUGGGAGGGACGCCACAACGGGAUCGACGGCCUCAUCCCUCAUCAGUACAUCGUCGUUCAAGACACUGAGGAUGGUGUCUCGGAAAGAUCCAGCCCGAAGUCUGAAAUAGAAAAUUCUGAGCCACCUGAAGAAAAAGUGACUGCAAGAGCUGGUGCCAGCUCGAGUGGGGGUCACGUCGCAGAUAUUUACCUUGCAAACAUCAACAAGCAAAGAAAGAAACCAGAGUCAGGCGGCAUCAGAAGAGCCUUCCGACAAAGUGACAGCCACGGAGUAGGUAGUUCAAUGGCAGAACCAUCCUCCCCAGGAGCCAUAGCGGGUUCCAGACCCUCAUCUCAGCCCAUUCUGAGCCAAAGUCUUCCCAAGGAGGUUCCAGAUAAAUGCUCCAUCAGUGGCCAUGGCAGCCUCAAUUCUAUCAGCCGACACUCGUCUCUGAAGAACAGGAUAGACAGCCCUCAGAUCGGAAAAGCUGUGACAGCAGGGAGGUCCAAAAGCUUCAACAACCACAGGCCCAUGGACCCUGAAGUUAUUGCACAGGAUAUUGAAGCCACCAUGAACUCUGCUCUGAACGAGCUGCGGGAGCUGGAGAGGCAAAGCAGCGUCAAGCACACCCCAGACGUUGUCCUCGACACCCUGGAGCCCUUGAAAACAUCCCCAGUGGUGGCCCCAACCUCAGAACCUUCCAGCCCUCUGCACACUCAGAUCCUCAAGGACACUGAACCAGCUUUCCAACGCAGUGCCAGCACAGCUGGUGACAUCCCCUGCACCUUCAGGCCGGUCAAGUCGGUGAAAAUGGCCACGCAGGUGAAACCUCCGGCCACCCGCCCCAAACCAACAGUUUUCCCCAAAACCACCACCACCAGCCCUGGCGUUGCCUCCUCUGCAUCUCAGCAGCCCACUGACAAGUCCUGUACUGUCUGAUAAACUCCCUGCUGCUCUGUGGAUUCAACUCUGUUGGUUCAGAUGAAGGGACUCUGUUUAAAGACAUUUAAAAGUCUUAUUUAACGAAUUGGUUUCAAACUUCUGCUGCAGGUUGGUUGGGAACUGCUCCUCACUGCUCUUCCUGGGAGUAAACUUAGAUGGUAACAACCUCAUCCCAUCUACCCACAUCAGAGGCAAAACAGUUCAUGCCAGGCUUAGGAAAUCCAGUGUUGGGUCACUGUGAAGCUGAGGAGGAAAACACUCAAGCAGCAGUGAGCUGGAUCUUGGGUUCUGGUUGAUGCCUGUUCAAGGGUUUGGCCACUGGAAGAAAUAUUCAGUGGCCUCAUGUUUUGAGUACUGGUGUAGUGACUUCUGUAUUCUGUGUUUCAUUUAUCACAGGGAAACAAUAGGAUAGAUUUUAGUCUAUUGCAUGUUUUGGUGCCACUGGUUACGUGGAGCUUGGACAUGCCUGUUUCUUGUGCAUUAUUAUUCUGAUUCCUACGUCGCCCGCUGGGGCCGUGGUGGUUAAGGGGCUGUCUUGACUUCCAUCACAUCCUCUGGUUUUGUUUGUUUGCUCCCCCAUUCCUCUCCCCCAGGGCCAAAGCUUUUGGCCAUCCAGCUUCAUCCUUUACUCAGCACUUGUCAUGGAAAAUAGUUGACUCUGGAACACUCUUAGAUUUUGUGGAGUUCUACGUAAUGUGUGUCUGUGCAAAUAUAAACAAACAUGUUCCUGAGGUUUAGGAGCAUAAGAAAGAGCCCAUGUUGCUGAUGGACAAUCUAGCUGUUUCCCUCCCCCUUUGCUCUCCCAUAUUUAAACCCAACUUUGUUGUUUUCCAGUGUACUUUUCAGCCCAUAGGCUAUGAUGUGGUGUGUGGUCUCGGGAGACUGAAUGUAAAACCAAGUUUAACUUUGGGAAACUGAGCAUCCUCUGCUGGGAGUCCAGUUCCUCACGCACACAUUCUGCUUCUCAUCAUCCAGCAAGAUGGAUCCCUACCCAAAUCCCAGUUACAAGCACUGUAAAAAAAAAACUUCAAUUGGAAGUUCUCAAGCUUUGUAUCUUCUCCCUCUUCCUGGUUGCAGAGGCUUCAGUGGGGGGCUGUGUCCCCUCUGAACUGCUGGAGGGGUCUCAGCUCAUCAGGAGAUGCUGCUGGGGACAGGGAUGUGGCAGCAUGUGGCUUCUGGAGUGGCUUCCCAAAUGUCAUGCCUCUGCAGACAUGUGAAUGGAUUCUUAGUGUUUGUAUUUAUACAGGAGGCAGCAAACGCUUCAGCAGGCUGCCUGAACUCGUUUCGUACUGAGAAUUUUCCACAUUUAUUUAAUUAAAAAAAAACAACCCCACAAUCCCAACACAAAAAGGCAUUCUGUGUGCCAGUUACAAAGGCAAAGGAGCUCUCACAGUCAUUCAGGAGAGAGGACCCUGCCUGACCCUCAGUCCACCUUGUUCCCAAACUUUCCUGGGAUUCUAAAAAAAGAAAACAAAGCUGCACGUUAUUUGUUUUCAUCAAAUAAACGCAGAGACAGGACAAGAAAAGAUAAUUUUCCUCUCCCGUUUAACCAGGUUUCCUUUAACUGUUGUGGAUUUCUCACUCUUAGACUGCAGUUUCCUUUUAAUUGACCCCUCGGAAUUAAAAAAAAAGAAGAAAGAAAACAUUUCCUAGGACAGUUUCUGCAAUGUACUUCUCAGAUUCCUGUGGGAUGUCACUGGGAGAGAGGAGCAGGGUUUCCCUGGGUCCCUGUCCCUCCGGCACACACAGCCCAUCUCUGCAGGUGCAACGUCUCCUUCUUAGGGAUGGGCCUUGAAAAGGCCAACUUUGUCUGUACCCUAAAUGAAGAACAAUGAAAAUAGAGGGGAACACCAGAAGGAUUUCAGUGAGACUUUUCCCUUCUUACUCCUUUCUCCUUAGCUGAUGUGUAGCAGCAAGCUCCCCGGGGGAUGCUCGGCGGUACGCGACCUUACCCCAACAGUCUGACCAGCGACCUUUGCUCUCAGGUUCUGAUGGACUCUCUACCACCCAGGAAUCACUUGUUCUUUUUGGGAAAAAAAAACAGAAUUAAACUUGUAAUUUUUUGCUCAGGCAGGACUUUCUGGCAUUUACUUUAGGGGUGUUUUUGUUUUCAUUUUCUUUUUGGGCCCGCGUGGCUGAAGUUGAGCUGUGUCAAGAGCAGGAUCUCUGUACAUUUCCUUCAACUCAUUGUAAUGCCUUAUUUUCUUUAAAUUUUUAUGCCUAGCAUUCAUGUUUCUGAGAAUAAGUGUC